AUGGCAGCAGACACAUGGAGACCACGGAAGCACGCAGAUGCUGGUCCCGAUGACGUCCGCAAGAAGAAUCACAGCAACAACGCGGCCACCGAAAACUGCCGGGGUGAUCUUGGAGAGGUUCCUGCGGACAAAUACGAUGCUACGUACAACCUUGCUUGCCACAAGACUCUCUGCUCGCUGGGCUGCUCGACCUCGACGGCCACAGACGGCUUCCUCGGCAAAGCUGACGCGGGAAGUGCACCAACUGAGUAUGGAUUCGGCUCGGGAAGCAUGGUCGGUCUGGUGGAAGAGGCCGACGCUGACGUCGACGAGGUCAGGACGCCAUAUGUCGUGCCAGAAGACGGUGGCGCUGCAUCUGGAACAGAAAUUGCGCUCGACUCCUGGGCUGGAGCUGUAGGUGGCGAGACGGCCAAGGCGCUGGAUGUCGGGAUCGGAGAAGUCGAGGGAGCGCGGUGCUUGGUGGUGGAGAAAGAUGUUGGCGCGCGGCACAAAGGCCCAGGUCUGGAUCUCAAAGCCGGAAGACAGGCGACAAGAUCGACAGGCGCAGGUGCCGGCAAGAUAGCGGGUUCGUCGGCCGACGGAAACGGUACAGCCCCCUUCGCGCUGGCUUCACAGCCGCGUCCACGUCCCAGUCGGUCGCCUAGACAGGCUGCACGAAUUCGGGUGCAGAACCGGCGGCUGGAGUACCUGCGGCGCAAUCCGUCGUAUGUCGAGAACGUGCAGCUGUACCACGAGCUGGUGCGCGCAUUCCAGACGCCAGACGAACGGAGAGCCGAGGCACGCGACAAAGGUUUCGGACAGGUGUUGGAAGCGUCUAUGUUGCGGAAUCCAGAGCGACUACAUCGAAUAGGCGAAGAAGAGGAAGAGGAAGAGGAAGAGGGUCAUGGCAUUGACCAAAACGACAGGGCCACGGCUGGUGACCUCGACCUAGAUGAUGAAGACGGCAGCGAUGCGACAUCGCCGCGAGAUGCAGCCAGCCGGCGCUGGCAGGCAAUUGUACGCAACUGGUUUGUGAGCGGCGGAGCGUCUGCCGACGGCUUCGACUACGUGACAGUGGACGACGACAGCGACUACGACGUGUUGGCGCGAGCCGAUGCCGAAGAGGCCUGGUUCGACGACGAGUCGCCGGGAUGGGCAGAUGCCGACGACGACGACAGGACAAGGACGGGAGACACGGGCGUGCAGGACUAUUGA